UGAUCUUGAUUAUGUCCUGCUUAAACAUAGUUUGACCAGUAAAUUGGAAGAUGAGAGUGUAUUGGAAAAUUACUGUAGAGAGGAGGAAUUCACAGCGAUGGAAAUUACAGAGGAUACGGAUUCUGAUGCUGGAGAAUAUGGUCAUGAUUACUCCUCUGCUACAAAUUCAGUGUCUCUGGUCCAGAUGAAGAGGGUAUCAGUGGUGCUGGUGGACUGCUGUAGACCACAAGGACAGCGAGGAACCAGCAUGCAGACGCAGACCAAUGGAGAUGCAGAACAGCCCGAGACCACUGUUGAAAGAAUCACAAAUGGGAAGAGUUUCAAGAGGUGGUCCGAUCUCAACCCACAUCAGACAACGCAUACUGGGCAAAAGCCAUGUCGGUGUACUACGUGUGGAAAGGGUUUCAAAACCAGCGCACAACUCGCUGUCCAUCAGCGAACACAUACUGGAGAAAAGCCAUAUCACUGCUCAGAUUGUGGAAAGACUUUUGCCUAUGCAUCAAAUUUCAAGAACCAUCAGAGGAUCCAUACAGGAGCAAUGCCAUAUCAGUGUACAACGUGUGGAAAGGGUUUCAAAACCAGCGCACAACUCGCUGUCCAUCAGCGAACACAUACUGGAGAAAAGCCAUAUCACUGCUCAGAUUGUGGAAAGACUUUUGCCUAUGCAUCAAAUUUCAAGAACCAUCAGAGGAUCCAUACAGGAGAAAUGCCAUAUCAGUGUUCAGAUUGUGGAAAGUCUUUUAUUCAGUUGGGUAAUCUCAAGACACACCAGAGAACACAUACUGGAGAAAAGCCAUAUCAGUGUUCAGAGUGUGGAAAAACUUUUAUAAAUUUAAGUCACCUCAAAGUUCACCAGAGGAUGCAUAUUGGGGAAAAGCCAUACAGCUGCUCAGACUGUGGAAAGACUUUCAGUCGAAGCAGUCAUCUCAAGUCACACCAGAGAACACAUACUGGGGAAAAGCCAUAUGGGUGCACAACAUGUGGUAAGUCAUUCAGUCAAAGCAGUUCUCUUAAGAUACACCAGAGGAUGCAUACAGAAGAAAAGCCAUAUCACUGCUCAGAUUGUGGAAAGACUUUUGCUGUGUCGUCCUCUCUACAUGCACACCUGAAGAUCCAUACUGGAGAAAAGCUACAUCGGUGCACAACAUGUGGUAAGUCAUUCAAUCAAAGCAGUAAUCUCAAGAUACACCAGAGAACACAUACUGGAGAAAAGCCAUAUCGCUGCUCAGAUUGUGGAAAGACUUUUAUUCAGUCGGCUCAUCUCAAGAUACACCAGAGAACACAUACUGGAGAAAAGCCAUAUCAUUGUUCAGAGUGUGGAAAGACUUUCAGUCACGGAUCUCAAUUCAAGAUACACCAGAGAACACAUACUGGAGAAAAGCCAUAUCCGUGCUCAGAUUGUGGAAAGACUUUCAGUCACGGAUCUCAUCUCAAGAUACACCAGAGAACACAUACUGGAGAAAAGCCAUAUCCGUGCUCAGAUUGUGGAAAGACUUUCAGUAACGGACCUCAACUCAAGAUACACCAGAGAACACAUACUGGAGAAAAGCCAUAUCCGUGCUCAGAUUGUGGAAAGACUUUCAGUCACGGAUCUCAUCUCAAGAUACAUCAGAGAACACAUACUGGAGAAAAGCCAUAUCAGUGUUCAGAGUGUGGAAAGACUUUUAGUCAAGGACAUCACCUCAAGAAACACCAGAGAAUCCAUACUCGGCAGUCCAGUGGUGCUUAGACUGUGAAAAGACGUUCAGUGAUGUGGGUCAACUCAAGAUUCACCAGAGGCCGUAUCUACACUACACUACAUGCGGUCCUUCAGUCGAAGCAGUUCUCCCAAGACCAGAUCAGAGCAUGCGUAUAUCAAGCCUUAUCACUGUUCAGAUUGUGGAAAGAC